UAAAUCCAAUCUUUCAAAGCUAAUAAGGAAUCAAUUUCAUAUAUAUAAUUCAAAUCAUCAUAUCCUCUAAAUAACCCUGAAAGAAGAACAUAAAGAGAAGAAGCAGGCCUCCAUGGAAACAUCUUAUGAAGAUUUUGAGCCUUUGUGCAAAUGGAGAAGGGAUCAAAACGGUGACAAGCUUGAAGUCCAUCUUCCAGGAUUCAGAAGGCAGCAAUUGAAAGUUGAAAUUCACAGUUCUGGGAUCUUGGAAAUUUCUGGAGAACGUCUAAUGGAAGAAGGUAAAUCGAAAAGAAUAAUAAGCAGAUUCAGGAAAGAAUUCCCAGUUUCAGAAGAUUAUCAACGAACCCAAAUUCGUGCAAAGUUCUAUAAUGGCAUUCUUCACCUGGUAAUGCCUAAACAAAUUAUUCCCACCAUUUCUGCUCCUGCUGGUGGUGGUGGUGAUGAGAAUAAUGAUGAUAAAGCUUCAAGUAGUGGUACAUCAUAUUUAACUUGUUCAAUGAAGUUGAAUAAAAAUUUAGCUUUGGAAAAUCAUGAUAUUAGCAAUUUCCUUGGCAAUUGUUGUAGCUUAUGUGAAGAAAUAUUGUCAAUGUUCUUCUUUGGAAUAAGUUCUUCUUGA